UUCUUAAUUUUUUGAAUUCGGCGCCAUUCGAUUGACACGUAAUGGUGGCACACCUAACCUCACUUUUGCCGUUUAUUAUGAAUAACUGUCUCAAGUAAAAAGCCCCAAUUUGUUGCGUGUGAAUCAGUUUAAACAAUGUCAGCCCUGUUCAACUUCCAAAGUUUACUAACCGUAGUUUUGCUAAUUAUCUGCACUUGUGCAUACCUUAGGUCGCUUUUCCCCAGUAUUAUGGACAGAAAUAAAGUUGGGUUAAUGGGUACGUUCUGGAAGUGCGCCCGAAUCGGCGAAAGGAAGUCUCCAUGGGUGGCUGUCGCAUGUUUGAUAAUGGCAUUUUCAAUUUUAUUCGUCAGGUGAAGCGCUUAUCUUUGUACAUAAUAAAACAGUCAUAAAAGUGUCAAGUGAAUGGAUAAAAUUUUAAUAUAAAAGUACAUAUAAAUAUCAA